AUGAGUUACAAGAAUGCUAUUUUGAGGCUGAAGGGAGAAGCGACGAUUUGGUAUGAAGGACUGAAGGGCAAAAUAAGUCGCGAAGGGAAGAAGAAAAUCUCAUCUUGGGAAUCCUUAAAAUGCAAACUCAGAAGAAGGUAUGUUGCAGUGAAUCACCCAAUCACGAUUAUCCCUAAAUUUUCUGAAUCAAGGCAAAAGAAAUUGGAUGUGAUCGAUUUUGAUGAAUCGUUGGGAGAGACCAUUGUGAUUGAAGAAUCUUCUGUUGUGACUGUUGUGAGUGAAGAAUCUGUUGUGAUUUAG